AUAUCGUGACACGUGACGUUUAAAUGUCAUUUUAAGUGUUUUCUUCAUAAUAAUUACAAUUUUGCUGCACUUUUCUAUAAAUUAAAUCAUUAUGGCCCAAAUUACCGCCGUACUACAAAAAUUUUAUAACGAAUACAGAAGCAAAACUUCAAAGAAACUAAAAGUAAUUGAUGCUUAUUUAUUCUACAUUCUACUAACCGGUAUAAUACAGUUUGUAUACUGUUUGUUAGUGGGCACGUUCCCCUUUAAUUCGUUCCUCAGUGGUUUCAUUUCAACUGUUAGUUGCUUCGUUUUAGCCGUGUGUCUUAGACUCCAAGUUAACCCGGAAAAUAAGAUGCAAUUCAGCGGAAUCAGCCCAGAAAGAGGCUUCGCCGAUUUUAUAUUCGCGCAUGUCGUCCUGCACUUAGUUGUAAUGAAUUUCAUCGGUUAAUUAUUCAAUUAUAUCUACUCUAUAUUUUGUAAUUAAAAACUAAUUCAUUUUAA